CCGAGGAAAGAGCGGCUGCAGCUGCCCGGGCCUGGCUGGUGGUUUUGCACAGCCUCGCCUCCUUCCCUCCCCCCCACCUUCCUUUGUGUUGUGGGGAAGCAGGCCUGUUAGGCAGGCCCGGGCUGGCCGAAGCGAGGAGGAAGCCAUCCAUGUAAAGGGGUGGGGGGAGCGUGCAGCCGAGAGAAGAAAGGAAGACGGUCCGUGUGGGUGUGGUGGUUGGAACGAGCCAGUAUGGUGCUAGUAGGAACGUUUGACCGGGUUUGCUCUGUGGAUGAAAUGAAUCAUGAGUUUCAAGCUCUUGCAUUAGAAUCUCGGGGAAUGGGAGAGCUGCUACCUGCCAAAAAAUUUUGGGAACCAGAUGAUCCAGCAAAGGAUGGACAAAAAGGGAUAUUUCUUGGUGAUGAGUGGAGAGAAACUGCUUGGGCAACACCUCACCACUCCAUGUCACAACCUAUUAUGGUUCAAAGAAAGCCUGGACAUGUUUUUCAUGGAACAAGUGAAGUAAACGCUGUCUUAUCUCCUCGAUCAGAGAGUGGUGGCCUUGGUGUGAGCAUGGUCGAAUAUGUGCUAAGUUCUUCUCCAGCUGAUAAAUUGGACUCCCGGUUUAGGAAAGGAGCUUUUGGUACUAGAGAAGCUGAAACAGAUGGACCUGAGAAAGCAGACCAGAAAGGCAAGGUUUCUCCAUUUGAGGAGGACAAGAACAGAGAUCUUAAACAAGUUGAUGAUGACGAUGUUACCAAAAUAAAUGGCAGAGGCUUGCCAAAUGGAAUGGAUGCUGAUAGCAAAGAUUUUAACAGUCGUACUCCUGGAAGCCGACAAGCAUCCCCAACUGAAGUAACUGAGCGUUUGGGUCCAAACCCUAAUACUGCUGAAGGCUUGUCUUCGCUUUCUAAUCCUUCAACUCAUAAGCCACUGGUGGAGGAAUUUUCAAACUCUGAAUCUCAGAAUUUGGAUGCUAUGGAACAAGUGGGUCUUGAUUCUCUGCAGUUUGAUUAUCCUGGAAAUCAGGUACAAAUGGAUUCUUCAGGAGCUACUGUGGGACUCUUUGAUUACAGUUCACAACAACAGAUAUUUCAGAGGACUAAUCCUCUUACUGUCCAGCAGUUAACAGCAGCACAACAGCAACAGUAUGCACUGGCAGCAGCACAGCAGCCACAUAUAGGUGUAUUUUCGGCAGGGUUGGCUCCAGCUGCUUUUGUGCCAAAUCCCUAUAUUAUCAGUGCUGCUCCCCCAGGUGCUGACCCAUAUACAGCAGCAGGCUUGGCUGCCGCAGCUACCUUGGCAGGGCCAGCAGUUGUUCCUCCUCAGUAUUAUGGAGUUCCGUGGGGUGUGUAUCCAGCCAAUUUGUUUCAACAGCAAGCAGCCGCCGCAGCAAACAGCACUGCCAAUCAGCAGGCUGCAUCACAGGCACAACAAGGACAGCAGCAGGUUCUUCGUACUGGAGGAAAUCAGCGCCCUCUUACUCCCAAUCAGAGUCAGCAAGGGCAGCAGGCAGAGUCACUUGCAGCAGCUGCAGCAGCAAAUCCAGCUUUGGCUUUUGGUCAGGGUCUUGCCACUGGCAUGCCAGGCUAUCAAGUGCUAGCCCCCACUGCCUAUUACGAUCAGACAGGUGCCUUGGUGGUAGGUCCAGGGGCCAGAACUGGGCUUGGAGCACCCGUCAGGUUGGUGGCUUCAGCACCUGUUAUCAUCAGUUCUGCAGCCGCACAAGCAGCUGCUGCAGCUUCAGCUGGAGGAACAGCAAACAAUAUCACAGGAACCACAAAUGGGCUUUUUCGGCCCCUUGGUCCUCAGCCUCAACAGCAGCAACAGCAGACAAACAACAGUCUACAGUCUAAUUCAUUUUAUGGCAACAAUACUUUAACCAAUAAUUCUCAGAGCAGUUCACUCUUUUCACAUGGUCCUGGUCAACCAGGAAACUCAUCUCUUGGCUUUGGAAGUAGCAGCUCCUUGGGAGCUGCCAUUGGGUCUGCACUUGGUGGAUUUGGCUCAACCGUUGGCAGUUCUGCAAGUAGUAGUGCCACAAGGAGAGAGUCUCUAUCUACUAGUUCUGACUUGUACAAAAGAUCUAGUAGCAGCCUAGCACCCAUAGGGCAGCCAUUUUACAAUAGUCUGGGAUUUUCCUCCUCUCCAAGCCCAAUAGGCAUGCCUCUGCCAAGCCAAACUCCAGGACAUUCACUUACGCCACCGCCAUCACUUUCAUCACAUGGAUCCUCAUCCAGUUUGCAUUUAGGGGGAUUGACCAAUGGUAGUGGUCGCUAUAUUUCAGCAGCUCCUGGAGCAGAAGCCAAGUAUCGCAGUGCUACAAAUACCUCCAGUCUUUUCAGCUCAAGCAGCCAGUUAUUUCCUCCCUCACGACUACGUUACAGUAGGUCUGACAUUAUGCCCUCUGGGCGGAGUAGGUUAUUGGAGGAUUUCAGAAAUAAUCGCUUUCCUAACCUUCAGCUAAGAGACCUUGUUGGCCAUAUUGUUGAAUUUUCACGGGACCAACAUGGUUCUAGAUUUAUACAACAGAAAUUAGAGAGAGCUACUCCGGCUGAGCGCCAAAUGUUGUUUAGUGAAAUUCUGCAAGCAGCGUAUCAGCUGAUGACAGAUGUGUUUGGAAACUAUGUAAUACAGAAAUUCUUUGAGUUUGGAAGCAUUGACCAGAAGCUAGCACUUGCAACGCGCAUUCGUGGACAUGUUCUCCCAUUAGCUUUACAGAUGUAUGGGUGUCGAGUCAUUCAGAAAGCUUUAGAGUCUAUUUCACCUGACCAGCAGGUAAUUAAUGAAAUGGUAAAGGAACUAGAUGGUCAUGUACUAAAAUGUGUUAAGGAUCAAAACGGAAAUCAUGUGGUACAAAAAUGUAUAGAAUGUGUUCAGCCACAAUCACUCCAAUUUAUUAUUGAUGCUUUCAAAGGACAGGUUUUUGUGCUUUCAACUCACCCUUAUGGCUGCAGAGUAAUUCAACGUAUUCUUGAGCAUUGUACUGCCGAACAGACCUUGCCCAUUUUGGAAGAAUUGCAUCAACACACAGAACAGCUUGUGCAGGAUCAGUAUGGAAACUACGUGAUACAGCAUGUUCUGGAACAUGGCCGCCCUGAAGACAAGAGUAAGAUUGUUACUGAAAUCAGAGGGAAAGUUCUGACUUUAAGUCAGCAUAAAUUUGCCAGCAACGUGGUGGAAAAAUGUGUGACUCAUGCAUCUCGUGCUGAAAGAGCUUUGCUUAUUGAUGAAGUAUGUUGCCAGAAUGAUGGUCCUCACAGUGCCUUAUACACCAUGAUGAAGGACCAAUAUGCAAAUUACGUUGUUCAGAAGAUGAUUGACAUGGCAGAACCUGCUCAGCGUAAGAUUAUAAUGCAUAAAAUUCGACCCCAUAUUACAACCUUGCGUAAAUACACCUAUGGGAAGCAUAUCCUUGCGAAGCUGGAAAAGUACUACCUGAAGAACAAUGCUGAUCUGGGGCCAGUUGGAGGACCACCAAAUGGGAUGCUUUGAAGAUAGGUUUAAGGAGCAGUCUAAAAGAUUAUUUGUAUUGUGAAUUAUCAAAACACCCAACUUAACUAAAAUUUUGUGAUUUUUUUAAAAAAUAUAUUUAUUGACUUCGUCCAUUUGUAAAAAUUUUAUUCAUGUGUAUAUUUUUGGGGAAUGAAUUACAACAUAUUGCCAUUUCUUAACAGAGACCUAUCAGAUUGCAAGGCUUACAAAGCACAGAAUGCCUGUAAAUGAUGUAACUAUCAGAAUAGCUCUCCCAUUUUGUAAAUUUUUACCUUGUAAAGUCACUGAAUAAAAUAGUUUUUAAAGGGAAAAAGUACAGUAUUCUUUUAAUAUACUGGCUUACAGUCUGGUAGGUCUGUCCACCAUCAUUGCACAACAUGUUUAUAUAAUUGUAUAUAGAAUUAGUUUUCAUUUUUCCCCUUUGUGUGGAAUCUUUUUUAUAACAGUUGAAAAUGAAGCAAUUGCAUAAUUAUUAUUUAACAUGAUACAGAAAGUUAAGUUCUGUAUUUUGGUGGUUCACAAUUUUAUAGUCCCAAAAGCAAUCAGGGUACUGCAAAUAUCAGUAAAGAAGUUGUAAAAUGUGAACACUGAUGAGUAGUUUCCACCUUUUACUCUGGAAAUGAUUUUUUUUUUAAAAAAAAAAACAGUGCCCUUUUCUCUGGCUGUAUAUAAUUUAAUAUUUAACUAAUGGUGGAAGAAUAGGGUAUAAAAUCAAGGUAGUACUUGGAUCCAGCAGUGUACUGUCUGGGAAAAAGUGAAUUCAAUAAAUAAAUAGGCAGACAGUUGGUGUAAGAUGUGUGUUUUGCUUUGCAUAUACAAUUGUAAGACGGGAUUUGAACAUUGAGCAUAUGCUUGAAAUAGUAGAUGAAAUUGUAGGCAAUUAAUGGAGGAAAGAGCCUACUUAAAUUUGAUAGCGCAACAUCUAAAGCAUGAUUAAAUAUUCAGAUAGAUUUUUUGCUUCCUUAUAAAUAUAAGCAUUAUAUAAGUAUAGUUAAUAGAUGUAAGUUUACUGUUUGUAAACAGAUUCCUUGUUUUCAAUGUUUUAAAAGCCUUGCUAAUUAAGUAGUGAUGCUUACUUUGGUUGUACAGAUGUACAUUUGUAAACCUUCAUGCUGUAAAUGUAAUUUGUUUUACCCCUUUUGGGAAGAAAAUUUGCAUUUUAGUGUAUAUUCAUAUCCCUGCCCCUCUACCCCGACAUAGUGUUGUAUAAUGUAAAUUUAUUUCGGCAAAUCAAGACUGAUUUUUUAAAAAUUCUAUCUUUAUAUAGUUUCAGAGAUAUGAUUCAGCUUUCUUUGAUCUGUUACAAAAAUCUUUUGUUUAUUACAUAACUGUUCUGUUAAUAUGGACAUUUUGGAAACUUAAAUCAGUUUAAACAUUAAUAAUAAAGAUAAUUAAUGGACAGAAAUACUGAUGACAGAAACCAGUGCUUCUUCCAUCUUAAAUGUGGCACGAUUUGUUUUUGUAUAGAAGAAUGCUGUAUUUUUGAACAGCUUGUUUCAUCCUAAAGCAAAUAUGUAUGAUACUGUCAAUUUAAACAAAACACUGUAACAGUAAGAUAAAGGUGUACAUUUACAAGCGGCCUUAUGUACAUUUCCCAGUUUACUUUUUAAGGCAAGAAUUGUGACUAUAUGUGUAUAAUUAAAAUCCUUUUUAAUCCUUUGCCUUUGAAGAUAUUUUGGAAAGACAGUUACUUUGUAUAUUCAGUUUCUGAAAGAUAAAAUGCGUUGUAUUUUGUUCAAGCUG